UCUUUCUCUGUUCUUUUUCUCUUUGUUCCUUUCGUUUCCUCCUUCUGGUGGAGCUGUGGUCUUGUGAUUUUGGGGUUUGAGGAACACCAAAACUCCCCCGGGAUGAGCCGAGCCUGGAGGUUGCCCCUGAGUGUGUGCCUGCUGGCCACAGUGGCCCAAACCCUCAACCCCUUUGUGGUGCAGCAGAGCCAGCCAGACCCCUGCUACGAGGAGAACGGAGCUGCCCGGCGAUGCAUCCCAGAAUUCAUCAACGCUGCUUUCGGGAAGGAAGUCCAGGUAUCCAGUACCUGUGGCCGCCCGGCUUCCCGCUCCUGCAGCAUCAUGGAGCGAGAAGAGCGCCCGACGGUCCGGUCUUGCCAGGUAUGCGAUGCCUCGGAGCCCAGAAGAGCCCACCCUGCCUCCUACCUCACAGAUCUCAACUCUGCCCACAACUUAACCUGCUGGCAAUCUGAAAACUUCCACCACUCCCCACACAAUGUCACCUUGACCCUGUCUUUGGGAAAGAAAUUUGAGAUCACUUACGUUAGCCUCCAAUUCUGUUCCCCUCGUCCUGAAUCCUUAGCCAUCUACAAAAGCAUGGAUUAUGGCCGAACCUGGACUCCGUACCAAUUCUACUCUUCUCAGUGCCGGAAAAUGUAUAACCGUCCUAACAAGGCAGUGAUUACCAAACAGAAUGAGCAGGAGGCACUCUGUACAGAUGGGCACACUGAUCUCUACCCACUUUCCGGCGGGCUGAUUGCAUUUAGCACCCUCGAUGGUCGCCCAUCUGGUAAAGAUUUUGACAACAGCCCUGUGCUGCAAGACUGGGUGACAGUGACGGACAUCCGAGUGGUUUUUAGCCGGCCGCACUUCCCUCGGGAGCUCGGAGGAGGAGGGGGAGGGGGAGGGGGAAGGAAGGACGAGCACCCAGCAGCCGGAUCCUAUUUUUAUGCGGUUGGGGAAUUCCAGGUGGGCGGCCGCUGCAGGUGCAAUGGACACGCUGCCCGCUGUUUGAAAGAGAAGGAGGGGAAACUGGUGUGCAACUGCAAGCACAACACAGAGGGACCCGAAUGCGAUCGCUGCAAACCAUUCCACUAUGACCGGCCCUGGCAGAGAGCCAGCAAUCACGAGAGCAAUGAGUGUCUGGCCUGUAACUGUAACCUGCAUGCACGCCGCUGCAGAUUCAACAUGGAGCUGUACAAGCUGUCCGGCCGCAAGAGUGGUGGGGUCUGUCUGAACUGCCGGCACAAUACAGCGGGGCGCCACUGCCACUACUGCAAGGAAGGCUUCUACCGAGACCUUACCAAAACCAUCACUCACAGGAAGGCUUGUAAAGCUUGUGACUGCCACCCGGUGGGUGCGGCUGGAAAAACAUGCAACCAAACAACGGGCCAGUGCCCCUGCAAGGACGGUGUGACGGGCAUCACCUGCAACCGCUGUGCCAAGGGAUACCAGCAAAGCCGCUCGCCAGUGGCACCCUGCAUCAAGAUCCCAGUGAUUAGCAGCACUGAAGCUGUGGUCAGCAGUACAGAGGAGCCUGCAGAUUGUGAGUCGUAUUGCAAACCAGUCAAGGGAAACCUGAAGAUCAACAUGAAGAAAUACUGCAAGAAGGAUUAUGCUGUGCAGGUGAAUGUUCUCGACAUGGAGACCGUAGGAGACUGGGCCAAGUUUUCUGUGAACGUGGUCACUGUCUACAAGAGCCGAGGCGACUCCAUCAAGAGAGGCGACCACUUCCUGUGGAUCCACAUGAAGGACCUGGCCUGCAAGUGCCCCAAGAUCCAGAUGAGCAAACGCUUCCUGAUCAUGGGAGCCACAGAGGGGCCAUCGGAGCGAGCAGGGCUGCUGGCAGACAAGAACAGUCUGGUGAUCCAGUGGAGGGACAUUUGGACGCGCCGACUGCGCAAGUACCAGCGCAAGGAGAAGAAAGGCAAAUGUGACAAGGCGUGAUGAAGCCCUUGCAUCCAUCCAUCCUGCGGAAAGCUAAUAUUCAGAGGGACAAAGAUUGACUGCAUGUUGCUUGCUUUAAGGACCACUGUGUAUAUUGUAUCAUUGUACUUGUGUUUGUUUUUUGAUUUUUAAAUGGGUCUGCCUUGAAAAGGGACCUUUUUUAAAAACAAAACAUUCAGAGCUUCUCGAUUCCCCUUUGAACAACAUAAGAAAUCUAAACAUUCCUGCAACGUUUACUUUUCUGUCCGCGUUUGGAUUGGACUGUUUUUACAAGGGCGACUGACUUUCAAAGGGGCAUGAACUGAGAUACCCAGAGAAGGGUAUGGAUUCCGAAUAGUAAACCUAGAAGCAUACCCCCCCCCCCAAAAUAACUUAGAAGUGUCCGAGGAAAGUCUUAUUGUAUGUGAAACACAAAUCUAAGAGCAAGAAGUACACAUAUGAAAUUCAAAUGGGUGCUUUUCCCAACAGCACCUUUUGAUUUUUCAAAUGUCACUUCAAAGGGAUUCAGCAAUAACUGUGACAAUUAAUCACAGUUGGUUUUAUCAGUAGUUCAUCAAUACUCACCAAUAAAAUAAAUGACAACACAACACUAUAUUUAUACAGCAAUGCUUUUUACUGCAGGUAUUGCAUUGAUUACAGUAGUGUUCAUUAACACCAUUUCUAUUCAAUAUUCAGUAAACACACACAUUGUACUGUUCUGUAUUGCCAUAUUGUCCUACCGUACUCUACAUGUUGGAACAUUUCAAUACUUUGCAGCAACUUAUAUGUAAACUUCUAAUCUUUUUUUUUAUUUCCCAAAGUGAUAUUGGAGUGGGAUGGAGAUUGGAAUGACUGCUAAAUGUGAUAUUACUUGCUACUUCACGCUACAUUAUAUUUAUUAUUCAACGUUAUAAAAGAUGUUUGCAGUGUUUCAGAAUGUGGGUUUUGAAUUCCUACAACAUCAUUAAAAAGAUGAAGGGAAAAAAGAAAAAGCCAUUAAAAUACAAUUUCUGUGCUUCCUGCUCUUUAAAUAUCAGUUCCUGUGCAGUUAUACUUGGAGACACGCUAAUGAGUGUUAAGUCAACAUUAAAAGAACAUAGCUUGGCUGUGCCUAUAAUGAAAACAGAUUUAUUACUUAGUAUUCAUGACGAUUUUCAUUUGGGUAAACUGAACUAUGCUAGAUGUACGGUAUUAAUUGUGAUUAUUGAUAGAAUGCUAAUUUACUGACAAAGCCCCCCUGUUAAAAUGUUACAGAAUGACUUUUUGUAUAAAUAAUAUGUAUAUUUUUACAGUUAGUUGCAAGAAUGCCAAGGAUACUUGGGGCGCCAAGCUGAUCUUUUAGUCAACUUCUAUGUCAAUUACCAGGCCCAUUUAUGAAACAGAUUAAUUUUAACAGAAUUGUAGCCAUCUCAAGCAUAUGAAAAUACUGUUUGGUAAUUACCUUACAAGUGGGGAUUAAGCAAUACAUAAUACACACAGGAAGGUAGAACAAUUAAAUCAGCACACAGAUGCUUCUGUGGUGGAGUGCAGAGCAUUCAGAAAAACACAUGACUAAUUUGCAUAGAACAAUAUAGUACAAGUAUAUCAUAGAAAAUCCCAUGCUUGUAACUUCACCUGAAUUACACUUAUUAGGCUCAAUUCAGUCAAUUUUAACUCAAAAGUUACUUAAUAAAUGUUUUUUUGAGUCUGUUUUGACCAAUUAAAUCCAUUUUGAUAUUCAUAAAACUGUUAUAGCUGCUGUGGUUACCAAACAGUCUGGUAAAGUUUCAUUUAAACAAGUGCCUUAAAGAAACAUUUAAAUAACUCAUGAGUUUUGUGAUUGUAUUUUUAGUAUUAUUAUAUAUCUUACAAUUGACUUAAAAAAAAACAAAAAAAAAACAAGAUAUUGGAUUGUAUUAGAUUCCUGCUCUAUUGCAAUGCAGACAUGAAGCAAUGCUCUAUUAAAUUAACAUCCCAGUCCAAUGAUCAUUUCUCCAUUUCUCAAUACCAGCAGUAACUUUAAGAUUGUUCUUUUGAAUAAGGUGCAGUUGCUUCAAAUCUGUCUUGAUGUCUGUUUCCCAAGCCCCCUCGAUAUUCUCACACGCAUGGAAGGGUUCCGCGGGGAAACGAUACUGUUGCAGUGUAUUCCUAAUCUCCCUGAACUUCUCACAAACUACCUGUGGCUGAAGAAUGUUGCAGACAGACAGAGAUUUGUGAAACACUCAGGCAAUGCUUUGACAGUGUUGGUUAGGCAGCACUGCAGUCCACUUGACACUCUGUUAAUAUGCCACUUGAAGCAACACCCAGCUGAAAUAGAACCCUGAUGCGAUGAAUCACUGCAAUAUGAAUCAGCCACCCUGGUCCCUCAACCACUUUAAUACAACUCUAAUCUAUUCGCCCUCCUCCUCGGAUCCCAUUUUGACUUUUGGAUGUACUGUUUUCCUGAGGCCUUCUUCAGUAUCAACUAACUCUUAUCUGACAAUGGCACAAUUGCUUAGUAUUAUGUCAAAUAGGAAAAUACUACCAUUGUGGUACCACUUCUAUCAAUGGCAGCCUCAUACCACAGUAGAUGCUGCUAUCACUUGCCCUUAGUACCUCAAUACCUUUUAUUUUUUCAUUAAGAAUUUAAAGAGAAUUCUGCAUUACAUGAGAUUGUAACAUUCAGCUAUGACUGGUUUUCAGUAAAAUACCCAUAUGUCACUUGUUUUUUGCUACUAGAACAGUGUGCAGGGGCUACACUGCAAAAAGACAAGCUCAUACAAUGCGGAUGACAGCAUCUUUUUUUAACCUACAGAGGCUCUUGGAGAACUAUUCUAGCCACCAUGCUUGGCAAUUUCAGUGACAGCUGUAUUUAUAGUAAAUCAUUUCAUUAAGAGUGCAGUAUUGUCUUAUUUAAAAAUAAUGAAAUUGAGACCUAGCCCAGGUAUGUACAGAACCUACGUGUAUUGGUGUGGAUACCAAUUUCACUUAUAAUAGAAAACUAGGCAGUGAUGCUAACUGCUUUGUUGUACGUGUAUUUUCUACAAAUGUGUGCUGCCCUGUGCUCAGGGCUUUAAAACAGUGACUAGGGGAAGUGAACCCCAGUGUAUCCGCAGCUUGCCUGAGUUACAGUGUGAGAGAUGUGUUUCUGUAGGUGUUGAACAAAAGGUCUCCAACUAAGUGAGCAAAGAUGUUCAGGACAGGCUGGUGAUAGAGGAAUAUUACAUUUAUACCACCCACCCUUCUGCUUACUUGGGAAUGUGAAUGCAUUGAUCCAGACACUGGCGGAUCUUACUGCAGUGCUCCCCCUUUGUAGUUGGGAGCCACAGUUAAGAGACCGUUCUAUUUGGGUUCCAUCUUAUAAUGAGAAUUCAUGUGAUAGUGGAAGAGAUUUAUGUGGAAAAUGGGAGUCAUGACCAUACCGCCUUAUAAUCUGUGGCCUUAUAAUGUACUGAUAUCUUGAAACAUGUAAACAUGCUCAAUAGGGGGCUUUUAAAUUAUAUUUAGACAGUAAUAAGGCGGUUGCCCAAGCUGAAAACACAAGUAACAAAUAAUAUAGAAUGAAGUAGCGGCAGUUAAGUAUACCACCAUUUAGAUCGAAACUCAUCCUUAGACAGUUCAACCUACUCCAUCUACAUAUCAAUCUCUAGACUUUGUUUCCAUUUCAGCAAUGGUGCCCAGCCAGUAAUCCCCUGCAGAAAUGGAAACUAACAAAAGCAGCACCAUUUUAAGUAAGAGGAGUGGAAGCAAUAAUCCAAGACAUAUGGAUGGUAUCUAGACUUGCCAACCCCUGUACCAUGGCUCACACUCUGCAGAACCUUGCUGUUGGAAUGUUCUGUAUCUAAGAAUAGUUCUUAAAGAAAGAAAUCCUCUUCUGCACGCAAAGAUCAGCUUAUUCAUCCCAGCAAGAGGUCAGACCCAGAGCAGACUUCAGGGUUCCUCUCAACUGUCCAGGACAGUUCUCAAACAUUUGCCUAUCGCUAUUCUGUUUUCCUUCUAUAUGUGUUUCUGGUGGUUUAGAACCACUUGACAGCACUGGGAGCUAGAAUUAAAUUUGAUUUAAGAAACAAAAUUGCCUUAUUUUAGAAGUAUCAAGAUGAGUACUUUUUCUGAGCCUUUUAACACUUGCUGAUAAGUCUGCGAUGUUGUAAAUAUAUACUGAUAUUAAUCGUUUAAAAACAAAUAAGAAAAUGUCUGUUUUGCGAUUAGGUGGGGCAGUCCCAGACUAAAAUCUGAACCCAAACAGUCUUGAGACCAGUUAUAAGUUAUGGUUUUGACUAUGGUCUGAACCUGACCCUGUUAAUAGUGAUCUUGUGGGACCUCAGUUUAGAAGCCAUUCCUGGUCCUGCACUGCUUGACCCCUGUGCAAGUACUGCCUUGCGCAGUGAGGUGCCACUAGCCCGGGGUUCAGUCGUCACUAGCUGGCCGUUUCUGGAAAGACGAAAGGGCUUGUUUGUUUUUUGGGUUCAGACAGUCUGCUUCCCUCCCCUUCUUAUUUUCUCUUUGUAAAUGUUCUCAGAUGCAAUGACCACUGAUGUUUUAA